AUGCAUAAGCUUAGUAGCUUGGGUGUACACAUGAACGGUUUUGGUCUCUCUGUGGCUCUCAGAGCUUAUCUCAUUUUUAUUCGCCCCAUUCUUGAGUACGGCUUAGCCAUUGUUCCUGCUAGCUGGAGUGACGUUCAGAUUCUGCAGAAGGCCCAAAAUAUGUGUCUCCGGACAUGUAUUCAACGGCCCGAUGCAACAAUAGGAGUUGUUCAUAUUGCUGCAUUAGCUUCUCUACCCAAUCUAUUCACCCAUUCCCAUGCUCUUCAAGCCAAAUUUCUUCAUCGUGCUGAAACACUACCCUCAGACUCCCUGAUCAAAGCUCUUACCAUGCAGCUGGACCUUUCCAAAGAAAAAACGACAUGGGGUGAGCUUCGUCUUGGUGUACUAUGGAAAAAGACCUAA